AUGCCUCAAGCAGUUAUAACUCGCGUAGUAAUUAUUGGUGGCGGUCCCGUAGGACUUCUAUUAGGUUCCCUUCUAAGAGAUCAAAAUGUAGAUGUUACUAUACUGGAAAAACGAUCUGAUAUUACACGAACACGAUGUGUUAAAUUAUUAGGACGAAUUCUCUUAUCAAACGCAAUUACUGAUGAAAUUUUUCUGUUUUCGGAAGAGCAAAUCGAAGAACGUCAGCAAGCGAUCGAGUCUAUGAAAUUAGAGCUUUUUGCCAUGGUUACUGGUUGGCUUGAGUUAUUUACGCCAAUUCAGACCAUUCAAGAAGCACUUAAAAAUUAUUGUAUCUCAUCUGGCGCUCAACUUUUAACUGGUGAUGAAUAUGAUAUUAGCAAGAAUUUAACUUUGCUGCAACGUUAUCCAAACACAGUUGUAAUUGAUUGUACAGGCUAUCAUUCUGUGUUACGCGAGCAUAUUCAACCAAAUAAUCGUAUUAGCCGACUUAUUGAACAUGUAAUCGUAUGUACAUUUAUUCUUGAUGAUAGAUAUGAAUGUAAUGAAUUAUGUAAAUAUUAUAAAAACAUAAAUACCAAAAGAUUUCAAUGUAUUCCAUCGAUUGAUGAUACUUAUAGGACGAGAGACAGAGAAACACAUGUCACAUGUUUAAUUACAAUCGAUGAACCGAUGUUUCAAGAAGUGUCGAAAAUACGACCUAUUACGUACGAUUAUUUGAGAGAACAGCAACAUGAGAUUUAUAAUGAUUUGAAUAUUUUUUUAAACAAUCUUUCUUCGGGAAUUAUGGACCAUAUUCACUUCGAUACGAUGGAAUUUGUUGCACUUCCCUUACAAGUGUAUCGUGCUAGAAAAUUGACACAUACUGUGACUAGUGACAAUCUCAAUCAACAUUGGAUAUUGAUGGGUGAUGCGGCAAUGGGUGGACCUUAUUUUCAAUCGAUCAGUAUGGGUUAUGAAGCUGCUAUUUAUUUUGCUUAUCUAUUUAGACGAAUGAAACAAAAUAUUCCAGAGAUGAUGACCAAAUAUGAAGCUUACAUGGAUAAACUAUGGUUAGCUAUGCAAAUACGUUCGAAAGAGAUUCAACGAAAUAAGCAAAUUUUACAAGCAAUGUGUCUCAAUAAUCGAGAUGAUAUUUUAACUAAGAUUAAAAUUUAUUAA